AUUAUAAGAGACUAGGGCUCGUUAAUGGCAAAACAGAAAACGUACGGGGUUUAGUUUGAAAUUUCCCGUUAAAUUCAUCGGGAGGUUCUUUGGGAACUGGUAGAUUUCAGACAAAACGACGUCUCGGAGAUUGGAAUUUCGGAUCGUGUCUCUCUCUGCUUCUUGUUUCAAUCCGAUUUCGAACUCACCCUUUACUUUUUACUCCCGCACCGGAAAAGAUUUCAUUUUCAAGUCUUAGAAUCUGCUGCGCAUGCAAGAGAAAUCUGAGCUAGUUGCUACUACAGGGGAGGCCAAAAGUGAAUAUUGAAAGUGUUAGUACAGAAAAGGUGGUGAGGAAGUAAUAUGGCUGAUACCAGUCCAACAACUGAUGUCUCAACAGAUGGAGACACAGAUCAUAGAGAUCUUGGGUCUGAAGGAGCACUAGUGAAUACCGCUGCUUCUGAUUCUAGUGACCGAUCGAAGGACAAGUUGGAUCAAAAGACCCUUCGUAGGCUUGCUCAAAACCGCGAGGCAGCAAGGAAAAGUAGAUUGAGGAAGAAGGCGUAUGUUCAGCAGCUGGAGAACAGCCGCUUGAAGCUUACUCAGCUUGAGCAGGAGCUUCAAAGAGCAAGACAGCAGGGCGUCUUCAUUUCAAGCACAGGAGACCAAGCCCACUCUACUGGUGGAAAUGGCGCUUUGGCGUUUGAUGCUGAGCAUUCACGGUGGCUGGAAGAAAAGAACAAGCAAAUGAACGAGCUGAGGUCUGCUCUGAACGCGCAUGCAGGUGAUGCUGAACUUCGAAUAAUAGUGGAUGGUGUGAUGGCUCACUAUGAGGAGCUUUUCAGGAUAAAGAGCAACGCAGCUAAGAACGACGUCUUUCACUUGCUGUCCGGCAUGUGGAAAACGCCAGCUGAGAGGUGUUUCUUGUGGCUCGGUGGCUUCCGCUCAUCAGAACUUCUCAAGCUUCUGGCGAAUCAGUUGGAGCCAAUGACGGAGAGACAGAUGAUGGGCAUAAACAGCCUGCAGCAGACAUCGCAGCAGGCGGAAGAUGCUUUGUCUCAAGGGAUGGAGAGCUUACAACAGUCACUAGCAGAUACUUUGUCAAGCGGGACACUUGGUUCAAGCUCAUCAGGGAAUGUCGCCAGCUACAUGGGUCAGAUGGCCAUGGCGAUGGGGAAGUUAGGUACCCUCGAAGGGUUUAUCCGACAGGCUGAUAAUUUGAGACUACAAACAUUGCAACAGAUGAUAAGAGUAUUAACAACGAGACAGUCGGCGCGUGCUCUGCUCGCAAUUCAUGAUUACUUCUCGAGGCUGAAAGCUCUAAGCUCCUUAUGGCUUGCUCGACCCAGGGAGUGAAAAACUGAAUAUUUGUGUUUUGGUCACUCAGCUGUACAAAAUCCAUAUGGACACAAACUAGGAGAGACUAUUUAUUAACCUGUCAAGAUUCUUCUUAACAGUUAUUCAGCAAAAGAUCAUUGAUCCUUCUACUUCGAUACUUGAAAACGUUUGCAUGAAUAAUCUGUAAUGUGACCAAAUUAGCAAG